UGAAUCUCUUUAGUCAACGAUCUCUUCUCUUUGCUUUGCUUCGCUUCUGAUUUGGGUUUUCCCUUCCUUUCCCUUCCCUUCCCUUCUGCAAUGGCUAUCGUAGAAGUGUUUAUCGCUGCAUUCCUCACAGUGCUGUUAGAGAAGAUGGCCUCCGGAGAGUUUUUGAAAUUUGCUCGCUAUCAGGGCAUUCAUACCCGGCUGAGUAAUUGGAGCAAUAUGCUGUCCAAAAUUCAAGCGGUUCUGAUCGACGCGGAGGAGAAGCAACUGACCGAUCGAGCCGUGAACCAUUGGCUCGAGGAUCUCCAUGAUUUGGCAUAUGAUUUGGAUGAUGUCGUGGAUGAGUUUGCCACCGAAGCUUUGCGCCAGAAACUGAUGGAAGAUCCAACCCCCCAAGCUAGUUCGAGCAAGGUAUGGAACUUCAUCCCCACUUGUUGUACCAAUUUCAAGCCAACUUCUGUCGUGUUGAAUUUCCAAAUGAGGUCCAAAAUUGAGGAGAUCAAUACCAGAUUAUGCAAUAUUUUUGAACAAUGUUCGAAACUUAAUUUGGGUAAGAUUAUUGGAACCACCCCUACACCUUCGACUAAGACUUGGCAAAGACCAGAGUCUACGUCUUUAUUUGAUGAACCUCGCCUUUAUGGCCGAGAACAUGAUCGGGGUAAGAUAAUUGAUCUGCUCGUAAGGGAGGAUGAAUCAAGUCAUAUCGACGUUGGUGUAAUUGCCAUUGUGGGUAUGGGUGGGAUUGGCAAGACCACCCUUGCUCGGAUGGUAUACAACCAUGAAACCGUGGACAAGCAUUUCCAUCUAAAAGCCUGGGUUUGUGUGUCAGAUGACGUUGACAUUAUAAGAAUAACAAAAGCAAUUAUUGAGUCAGUGACUUCCCAAACAUGUAGUUUUUAUGGCUUCGAGCAAGCUCAAGUUCAACUAAAUUGUGCUUUGGCUGGAAGGAGGUUCUUAAUUGUUUUAGACGAUGUUUGCAACACAAAAUACAGUGAUUGGAGUAAUUUGAAGAGACUUUUCAAUAGUGGAGCCGAAGGGAGUAAAGUCCUGGUGACAACAUCUAACAGAGACGUUGCAAGUAUGAUGGCAACUGUUGAACUUCAUGUCAUUGAGGUCCUAUCAGACGAAGAUUGUUGGUCGUUGUUUGCACAACAUGCCUUUGAGAAUACAAGUAUUGAUGCAAAUCGAAGUUUGGAAUUAAUUGGUAAGAGAAUUGUGGAGAAAUGUAAAGGUUUGCCUCUGGCUGCUACAACACUCGGUGGUCUUUUGAGGUGCAAAGUGCGAGAUGAGGAAUGGGUAGAUGUCUUGCGUAGUAAAGUAUGGGAUUUAUCACACGAAGAACGUUACAAUCAUCUCCAAAAUGUUGUCGAAAUAGAGGAGAUCACUACCAUAUUACACAAUCGUUCUCAACAACACUUGAAACUCAAUUCAAAAAAGAUUGUUGGCACCACAUCUGUUCAGAUUGGGCAAAAACGAGAGUCUACAUCUUUAAUUGAUGUACCUCUCGUCUAUGGCCGAAAACAUGAUCAAAGAAAGAUAAUUGAGCUGCUCGUAAGGGAGGAUGAAUCAAGUCAUAUCAACGUUGGUGUAAUUGCCAUUGUGGGUAUGGAUGGGAUCGGCAAGACCACCGUUGCUCGGAUGGUAUACAACCAUGAAACCGUGGACAAGCAUUUCCAUCUAAAAGCCUGGGUUUGUGUGUCAGAUGACUUCGACAUUAUGAGACUAACAAAAGCAAUUCUCGAGUCAGUGACUUCCCAACCGUGUAGUUUUUAUGGCUUGGAUCAAGCUCAAGUUCAACUACAGAAGGCUUUGGCUGGAAGGAGGUUCUUAAUUGUUUUAGACGAUGUCUGGAACAAAAAAUACAGUGAUUGGAAUAUUUUGAAGAGCCCUUUCAAUAGUGGAGCCCAAGGAAGUACAGUCGUGGUGACAACAUGUAACAGAGACGUUGCAAGAAUGAUGGCAACUGUUGAACUUCAUGACAUUGAGGUCCUAUCAGACGAAGAUUGUUGGUCGUUGUUUGCACAACAUGCCUUUGAGAAUACAAGUAUUGAUGGAAAUCCAAAUUUGGAAUUAAUUGGUAAGAAAAUUGUGGAGAAAUGUAAAGGUUUGCCUCUGGCUGCUACUACACUCGGUGGUCUUUUGAGGUGCAGAGUGCGAGAUGAGGAAUGGGUAGAUGUCUUGCAUAGUAAAAUAUGGGAUUUAUCACACGAAGAAAGUUACCAUCAUCUCCAAAGUGUUGUCGAAAUAGAGGAGAUCACUACCAUAUUACACAAUCGUUCUCAACAACACUCGGAACUCAAUUCAGAAAAGAUUGUUGGAACCACAUCUGUUCAGAUUUGGCAAAGACUACCGUCUACAUCUUUAUUACAUGGACCUCGUAUUUAUGGCAGAGAAAAGGAUCAAAGAAAGAUAAUUGAGUUGCUCCUAGGGGGGGAUGAAUCUAGUCAAAACAACGUUGGUGUAAUUCCCAUUGUGGGUAUGGGUGGGAUUGGCAAGACCACCCUUUCUCAGAUGGUAUACAACCAUGAAACCAUGAAUGAGCAUUUCAAUAUAAAAGCCUGGAUUUGUGUGUCAGAUGAUUUCGACAUUAUGAGAAUAACAAAAGAAAUUCUUGAGUAUGUGACUUCCCAAACACAUAGUUUUAAUAACUUGGAUCAAGCUCAAGUUCAACUAAAGCAGGCUUUGGCUGGAAGGAGGUUCUUGAUUGUUUUAGACGAUGUCUGCAACAAAAAAUACAGUGAUUGGAAUAUUUUGAAGAGCCCUUUCAAUAGUGGAGCCCAAGGGAGUAAAGUUGUGGUGACAACACGUAACAGAGACAUUGCAAGAAUGAUGGGAACUGUUGAACUUCAUGACAUUGAGGUCCUAUCAGACGAAGAUUGUUGGUCAUUGUUGGCACAACAUGCCUUUGAGAUUACAAGUAUUGAUGCAAAUCCAAAUUUGGAAUCAAUUGGUAAGAAAAUUGUGGAGAAAUGUAAAGGUUUGCCUCUGGCUGCUACAACACUCGGUGGUCUUUUGAGGUGCAAAGUGCGAGAUGAGGAGUGGGUAGAUGUCUUGCAUAGUAAAAUAUGGGAUUUAUCACACGAAGAAAGUUACCAUCAUCUCCAAAGUGUUGUCGAAAUAGAGGAGAUCACUACCAUAUUACACAAUCGUUCUCAACAACGCUCAGAACUCAAUUCAGAAAAGAUUGUUGGAACCACAUCUGUUCAGAUUUGGCAAAGACCACCGUCUACAUCUUUAUUACAUGGAUCUCGUAUUUAUGGCAGAGAAAAGGAUCAAAGAAAGAUAAUUGAGUUGCUCCUAGGGGGGGAUGAAUCUAGUCAAAACAAUGUUGGCGUAAUUCCCAUUGUGGGUAUGGGUGGGAUUGGCAAGACCACCCUUGCUCAGAUGGUAUACAACCAUGAAACCGUGAACGAGCAUUUCAAUCUAAAAGCCUGGGUUUGUGUGUCAGAUGACUUCGACAUUAUGAGAAUAACAACAUGCAUUCUUGAGUGUGUGACUUCUAGAUUAUUUAUUUUUAAUAACUUGGAUCAAGCUCAAGUUCAACUAAAGCACGUUUUGGCUGGAAGGAGGUUCUUAAUUGUUUUAGAUGAUGUCUGGAACAAAAAAUACAGUGAUUGUAAUAUUUUGAAGAGCCUUUUCAAUUGUGGAGCCCAAGGGAGUAAAGUCGUGGUGACAACACGUAACAGAGACGUUGCAGCAGUGAUGGGAACUUUUCCACUUCAUGACGUCGAGAUCCUAUCAGACGAAGAUUGUUGGUCGUUGUUUGCACAACAUGCCUUUGAGAAUACAAGUAUUGAUGGAAAUCCAAAUUUGGUAUCAAUUGGGAAGAAUAUUGUGGAGAAAUGUGGAGGUUUGCCUCUAGCUGCUAGAUCACUUGGUGGCCUUUUACGAUACAAAGGACGAGAUGAGGAAUGGCUAGAUGUAUUACAUUGUAAAAUAUGGGAUUUACCACAUUCAGAAAACGUUAUCCUCCCAGCUUUAAGAUUAAGUUACAAUCAUCUCCCUCCACAUUUGAAGCUCUGCUUUUCAUAUUGCUCAACAAUACCUAAGGGCUAUGAAUUUGAGGAGGAGGAGCUAGUCUUGUUGUGGAUGGCGGAGGGUUUCAUUCAACAACAAAUAGUGAAGCAAAUGGAAGAUGUAGGACGUGAGUACUUCCAUGAAUUGUUGUCAAGGUGUUUUUUCAAACCAUCACGAACCGGUAACAGCUCAAAAUUUGUGAUGCAUGACCUCAUCAAUGAUUUGGCUCAGUCAGUUGCAAGAGAUUAUUAUUUUAGACUGGAAGAUAAAUUGAACGAUCAAGAGCAAUACAUAAAUGUAUAUAGAACUCGACAUUUAUCCUACGUGCAGGGCUAUUGUGAUGGGGUGAAAAAGUUUGAGAGCUUCCAUAAAGCCAAGCAUUUACGAACCUUCUUACCAUUUUCUUUGAAAGAAACUUCUGGUUAUUUGACAAGAAAUGUUGCCUUUGAUUUGUUGCCAAAGUUGCCAUGCUUAAGGGCACUAAGCUUGAGCAGAUAUCGUAUCAAUCAAGUUCCAGAUUCGAUUGGAGAUUUGAAACUUCUGCGGUUUCUUAACCUUUCCUACACCCCAAUUAUAAGAUUACCUAAAUCAUUAGGGACUCUCUUCAAUUUGCAGACGCUGAUGUUAAGAGGAUGUGGAUAUCUGAAAAAGUUUCCGAAGAACAUGGGAAACCUAAUUAGCCUACGUCAUCUUGAUAUUACCGAUGCAGAUUCCUUAGAAGAAAUGCCACUGGGAAUAGGUAAGCUGACAAGUCUCCGGACACUAUCCAACUUUAUUGUUAACAUUGGGUCUCAAAUAAGUGAGUUGGGGAACCUAAUUCAUCUUGGUGGGACGCUUAGCAUAUCGGGGUUGCAGAACCUGGUGGAUCCUCUCGAUGCACGGGGUGCCAGCUUUAAUGAGAAACACCACUUGGAUGUGUUAUCAAUGGAAUGGAGUAAGAGCUCAGAUGAUUUAAGGAAUGAAAUAGUUGAAACAGAAGUACUUGACAUGCUGCAACCUCAGAAGAACUUGAAAAGCCUCCACAUCAGAUACUACUUUGGUACAAGAUUUCCAGCAUGGAUAGGAGAUCCUUUGUUCUCCAAAAUGGCGUGCCUAAGGUUAGAAAAUUGUCAAAAUUGCUUAUCCUUACCACCACUUGGACAGCUACCCUCACUUAAUGAGCUUUAUAUUGAAGGAAUGAGUACGAUAAAGCAUGUGGGUCUUGAGUUCUAUGGGCAGGGUGUUUCCAAGCCUUUUCCGUUACUAGAGAGACUAAGCUUUGUGAAUAUGCCAGAAUGGGUAGAUUGGUCCACUUUUGGAGUUAACAAGGAAGUUAAACCAUUCCCCUGCGUCAGUGAGCUUUCCAUCCAAAAAUGUCCCAAACUUUUGGGAAUGUUGCCCUAUGAUCUUCCUUGUUUGAGUAGUCUUACGAUUAAUGAGUGUCCACAAUUGCUGGUCGAUGUUUCCAGCCUCAUCUUCCAGUCACUCACCUUCCUAUCUAUAAGGGAUGCUCCGCUUCCAAGCCUUCAAAUGCUCCUUGAGGCGAGGAACACACUUGAACCCACAUCCCUUACUUCCUUGGAUAUGAAAGAUGUUUCAAUCCCCGACUUUCUUUGCAAUCCAAGUGUAGCUGAUGAAGUUAUGUUGGAAAAUGCAAUGUCUAAGCACCUUAGUUCAGUAACUUCCUUGAGGUUUGAGAAUAUAGAGAAACUUGCAUUCUUGCCGAAAUUUGUUACUGAGGGGUUGAUGGGACUCGAAAAAUUGAAGAUUUAUGGGUGCAAAGAACUCAGAACACUGUGGAAGAAUGAUGUUGGACUACAAAACCGUCUCCUUGCCUUACAACAUUUGGUGAUUAGAAAUUGUCAUCAACUUGUUUCCUUGUUUGAAGAAGAAAAGGAUGAUGAAAACAAGUGGCAACAACAGAAGCAGCAGCAUCAGGAGAUACCUUGCAUAGUGAGCCUUGAGUUUCUAGAAAUAUAUAAUUGUGAAAAGCUAGAAAAACUGCCACGGGGGCUGCACACCUUCACUUCUCUUGGAGAGCUGAGAAUCAAAAGGUGUCCAAGUCUUGUCUCUUUUCCAGAGACAGGGUUUCCGUCUACUCUGAGAAAACUUGUGGUUGAUAAAUGCAAGGCUCUGAAAUCCCUAUCUGGGUGGAUAAUGCAGAAUGGUAAUAAUAAUAAUCUUGAAGUAUUACAGGUUACUGGCUGUCCAUCCCUCACAUACUUAGGUGGGGUACCCACCACGCUCAAACACCUUAAGAUUUGGUGGUGUGAGAAGUUGGAGCAACUGCUGGUAGAGGAGGCGACGAGAAUUGAGUAUCCACUUCUUGAGUAUGUUGAUAUUUGGCAUUGUCAGAGCCUCAAAUACUUGCCAGAAGGAUGGUUCCCCCUCACUUCGCUUCAACGACUGGCAAUAAACAGUUGCCCUGCAGGAGGAGGAAUUGUCUCCUACUUUAUAGAUAAAGGGAAUUUCCUCACCAAUCUCACUUCACUUAGCAUCAGCAACAUCAAGACCAGUAAGCCCCCGUCAGAGUGGAAUUUUCACAAAUUCUCCUCUCUUAUAGAAUUCAGGAUUGGAGGUGCAGUUAUUGUGCAAGAAGAAUAUCUUGAGGUGUCUAGCUUCCCAAUGGAUGGGAUGUUGUUGCCUUCCUCUCUGAUAAAACUGUGCAUUUGGAGUUUCUCAAAUCUGGAGAGCCUAUCUUCCAAGGGCUUUGAAAACCUUAACUUUCUUGAAAGUCUUUUUAUUGGUGAUUGUCCUAGGCUCGCAUCUUUUCCAGAACAAGGGUUGCCUCCUUCGCUUUUGCACUUGUGUAUCUAUGAAUGUCCCAUACUAAAACAGCAGUUUGAAACAGGCGAAUAUUGGCCCCUCGUAGCUUUCAUUCCUUGCGUCGAGAUAGAUGGCAGAUCCAUCUUUGGCUCAGAGGAGGAGGAUAAAUAAACUCCAAUGAAAUUCCCACCACAAUAUGUGCAAUUUAACCACCAGAAACUUUUCUGCUAAAGAGGUGCCUAUGGAUGACAGUUUGGUUUUUUGGGUUCUAUUUGAAGUUCUAUUACUCUGUUUUCGCUCUUCCAUUGCUCAAUAUUUUAGCAAAGCCAGUUCACGGUGUAAAUGUCAUCUGUGCCAUGCCAAUUGAACAAUAUUUAGGGUUUCGUGCAGUUUCAGUUAAAAAGAAUAUGCAGACGGAGUUUCGGUUGAUCAUUGUCAAAUGGUUGCUGCAUUUGUUGUUGUUGUUGCCUUUUUCCUUUCAAGUUUCAUACUUCUAUUCCUAAGGAUGGUAUCCAUUCUUUCAAAUCAAUUUCUAAAAUGUUGCUUGUGAUGUGCAGAAAUGAAAAAAAAAAACAAAAAAAAAAGUCCUGUUUUGGAAAGGUUGGUUAUUGGAGACCUAGUGAAGGAGCUAAACUGAGUGAUGUAAUUUGAUUUGGUAUUGUUUGGCAGUUGAGUUAUUUAGCAGCUUUCCCCACCA